AUGCCUCGAGCCGCGCCAACUGCUCGGCGUGGUAAAGUCACCAAGCGCGAGGAUGGGGAGAAAGCCGAGCCAGCCACCGCAGAGGCAGCGUUUCAGGAGGCAGAGGGUGUCGAAGCACACAUGGAUCAGGACGUCGAUAUGCCGGCAGAAGCACCUGAGUGCGAGCCCGAUCAGGGCGUCCAUGCAGCAGCAGCUGCUGAUGAGAUGAACAUCGACAGUGAACCUGUACAUUCGCGUGCCAAAGGCUCCCAGCCCGCUAAUGCGGAAACCCUGACCCAGCUACCCGGCAGCAUCAAGGAAAUGGCAAAUGCAUUGGCUUCAGCAAAAGGACCGGGCGGAGGCCCCAAAUAUGACUCGGCUGCGUUUCUGCAAGAGAUGCACGAGGCGAGCAAGCUUGGCUUGUCAUCAUUUGAUGCGCUGUCUGCGCUCAAAGCGAACAUGCUGAACGGAAAAGGAAUUAUGGAGCCGAUCAAAGAGGUUCAAGACAAAUGGCAACUUCUACCCGCCUUCCUGCAAGUCAAGGGUCUUGUUAAGCAGCACAUCGAUAGCUUCAAUUACUUUGUCGAUGUUGGCCUUAAGCAGAUUCUGAAAGCGAACAGUGAGGUCCGGUCGGACAUUGAUCCGAAAUUUUACUGGCGCUACACAGAUAUUUACGUUGGCCAACCGCAGCGCCCAGGGGGCAGCGAGCAAGAUUUCGACGUCCACGGCGGCGGCGGCGGCGGCGGAAACAAGCGCAGCUACAGGGGGGUCUUUUCGCCACAGGAAUGCCGCUUGCGCGACAUUACCUACUCUGCACCGAUCUUUGUUGACGUUGAAUACACUCGUGGCGGGAAGAUUAUCAGGCGGAGGCACAUUGAAAUCGGGCGAAUUCCGAUCAUGCUCCGAAGCAAUAAAUGCGUGUUGGCGGGCAAGACCGAGAAAGAGCUUGCGCAGCUCAACGAAUGUCCGCUGGACCCCGGUGGAUACUUCGUGGUCAAGGGGACGGAGAAGGUUAUCCUGGUCCAAGAACAGCUGAGCAAGAAUAGAAUCAUUGUCGAAGCAGACACAAAAAAGGGAAUCGUAUUGGCUAGUGUGACCAGUUCGACGGCAGAGAGAAAGUCAAAGUCGUAUGUGGUGACCAAGAACAAGCAGAUCUACUUGCGGCACAACUCGAUCACCGAAGACGUUCCAAUUGCGAUCGCCUUCAAGGCUCUUGGCGUCACGACGGACAGGGAGAUUGUCGAGCUUGCUGCUGGCCCUAAUGAGGAGUUCCGAGAGCUGUUCGCCACCAGCCUGGAAGAGGCUGCCAAGCUCAGGGUUUUCACAAAGCGACAAGCGUUAGACUACAUCGGCCGCAAGGUACGGCGCAACACACGACCCGGCGCGAUGAGAAAGCCUACAUAUGAAGAGGCGAUUGACGUGCUCGCAACUGUCGUCAUUGCUCACGUCCCAGUUGACAACCUCAAUUUCCGCCCCAAAGCGAUCUUCCUGUCGACCAUGGUUCGCCGAGUACUGAUGUGCAUGCAAGACGAAAAGCAAGUGGAUGACCGCGACUAUGUUGGCAACAAGAGGCUUGAGCUCGCCGGGCAGCUGCUCUCGCUGCUGUUUGAAGAUUUGUUCAAGAGGUACAACUACGACCUGAAGGUCGCGUUCGACAAAGUGAUGAAGAAGCCGCAUCGCACGUCGGAAUUUGACGCCAACCACCACCGGCAGUACCACACGGAUCACAUCACCUCUGGCUUUGUGCGAGCGAUCAGCACAGGUAACUGGAACUUGAAGCGAUUCAAAAUGGAGCGAGCGGGCAUUACGCACGUCCUUUCGCGUCUGAGCUACGUUGCAGCGCUGGGUAUGAUGACGCGCAUCAGUUCACAGUUCGAAAAGACGCGCAAGGUCUCUGGUCCACGUGCAUUGCAGCCGAGUCAAUGGGGCAUGCUCUGUCCGUCGGAUACGCCGGAAGGAGAGGCGUGUGGUCUGGUCAAGAACUUGGCACUCAUGACACACAUCACCACAGAGAUCGAAGAGAAGCCGCUCGAGACGCUUGCCUUCAUGCUCGGUGUCGAAGAUGCCAGCCUGCUGACCGGCGCAGAGAUGUAUCGUCCCGACUCGUACCUUGUUUACCUCAACGGCGUCGUCAUCGGGCUCACGCGCUAUCCAGUACGCUUCGUCACGGCUUUCCGCAAGCUCCGGCGUGCUGGGCGCAUAUCUGAGUUCGUCUCCAUCUACACCAACAGCCAUCAGCAAGCUGUGCACAUAGCUUCGGACGCUGGCCGCAUCUGUCGCCCGAUGAUCAUUGUCGAAAAGGGUCAGCCAAAAGUGCGGCGAGAGCAUAUUUUAUCUCUGCAGCGAGGUGAUAUGACCUUCGACGAUUUUUUGGCUGCAGGCCUGAUUGAAUAUCUCGACGUCAACGAGGAGAAUGACUCGUAUAUCGCUCUGUAUGAGCGUGAGAUCAUUCCGGCAACGACCCAUCUCGAGAUCGAGCCGUUCACCAUCCUCGGGGCGGUGGCUGGGUUGAUUCCAUACCCGCAUCACAAUCAGUCGCCGCGAAACACAUAUCAAUGUGCUAUGGGUAAACAGGCCAUUGGUGCGAUCGCAUACAACCAACUCAACCGUAUCGACACGCUGCUGUAUCUCAUGGUCUAUCCACAGCAACCGAUGGUCAAGACCAAAACGAUCGAGCUGAUCGGGUACGACCGUCUACCAGCAGGCCAGAACGCCAUGGUCGCGGUCAUGUCCUACUCAGGGUACGACAUUGAAGACGCUCUCGUCCUGAACAAAGCGUCCGUCGAUCGAGGAUUUGGUCGCUGCCAGGUGAUGAAGAAGACGACUGUGCAGUUGCGUACCUACAACAAUGGUUCGCACGAUCGCAUCGGUGAUGUCCCCAAAGACGCCAACGGCGAGGUGCCGCGCAAGUAUGAGAUGCUCGGCGUCGACGGGCUGCCCGAAGUGGGAGCCGAGGUCAGGGAGGGUCACGUGUACAUCAACAAGCAGUCGCCGACGACGGCCAACGACACUUCCGACUCAGGUAUGGUCGCUAACGAGUCGCAGACAGUUUAUCGUUCGAGUGGCGCGACGUACAAACUUAAGACGCCAUCUUACAUUGACCAGGUGAUGAUCACCGACUCUGAUGGAGACCAACAGAUUAUCAAAGCGCUCCUCCGCCAGACACGCCGGCCCGAGCUGGGCGACAAGUUCUCCAGUCGUCAUGGACAGAAAGGUGUUUGCGGCCUGAUCUCGCCGCAGGCAGACAUGCCGUUCACCGACCAAGGCAUUAACCCUGAUGUCAUUAUGAACCCGCACGGGUUCCCCUCGCGUAUGACGGUCGGCAAGAUGAUUGAGCUGCUUGCAGGGAAGGCGGGCGUGAUCACGGGCCAGUUGCAGUACGGCACGGCGUUCGGCGGCUCGAAGGUGGAGGACAUGAGCCGGCUGCUGAUCGAGAACGGGUUCAGCUACUCUGGCAAAGACUUUUUGACGAGCGGCAUCACAGGAGAGCCGAUGGAGGCGUACGUCUACUUUGGGCCAAUCUACUAUCAAAAGCUGAAGCACAUGGUUAUGGACAAAAUGCAUGCACGUGCGCGUGGCCCGCGCGCUAUCCUUACGCGCCAACCUACCGAGGGUCGUUCGCGGGAUGGAGGUCUGCGUUUGGGAGAGAUGGAGCGCGACUGUCUGAUUGGAUAUGGCGCAACGCAGCUUCUGCUCGAACGGCUGAUGAUUUCGUCGGACGAGUUUCCCGUUGACGUGUGUCAGAGCUGCGGAUUGCUUGGGUACAACGGCUACUGCAGUUACUGCAAGAGCAGCAAGGCGGUUUCUAACAUCAAAAUUCCGUAUGCCACCAAGCUCCUGUUCCAGGAGCUGAUGGCCAUGCAGGUCGUCCCGAGGCUUGUGCUUGAGGAUGCCGUCUAA